UCCAUGGCCCAUAAUGGCCGCGCAAUCAACGUUACGAGAAUCUCAUGAUCCCCUCCUCCACCUAUACAACCACUAUGCCGCCCAGCUGCGCACCCGCGUCCGCGGCGCCUCCAAGCUCACAAAGCUGCUUUCCACUAUAACUCUCGCACUCACCAUCAUCGGCUCAGCAUAUGGCGGACAUCGAUGGGUGAAAAGUAGACGGACAGAGAAGGAGACGGGCCGACGACUGCUGAGAAGGAAUUCGGGACUACGAGGCAAGGAUGGCAGUCGGACCAUCUACGUGCCGUAUCGCGACUCGACGUCUAAAGUGGUCAUCAAUCCGACGAAGCCGACGACAUUCGAUGCGCAUAGGAGACUUUUCCUUCAACCACCUCGCGCGGCGCGAAUGAACGAUUCAACGCGAGAUCCACAGGCACCUCCGCCGCAGACGAAGCCUGGUCUCAACCUCGCCUUCUUGCAUCAAUUCCUGAGCCUUUUGAAUAUCAUGAUACCAAGAUGGAAUAGUAAAGAGUCGGGUCUACUCAUAAGUCACAGCGUCUUCCUGAUGCUGAGAACGUACCUUUCGCUGGUCGUUGCACGACUGGACGGAGAGAUUGUACGCGACCUGGUCGCAGGGAAUGGAAAAGCGUUCCUUUGGGGCAUCUUGAAAUGGCUCGGUGUGGGCACAUUCUCGUCGUAUACCAAUGCUAUGAUCAAGUUCCUGCAGUCAAAGGUCUCGAUUGCGUUCAGAACGAGGCUGACGAGGUACAUCCACGACUUGUAUCUUAACGACCAUCUCAAUUACUACAAACUCUCCAACUUGGAUGGCGGAGUUGGGCAAGGCGCAGAUCAAUACAUAACGCAGGACUUGACGCUGUUCUGUGCGUCAGCUGCAUCGUUGUAUUCCUCACUUGGGAAACCAUUCGUGGACAUUUGCGUUUUCAACUACCAACUCAUUCAAUCAUUAGGGCCACUCGCCUUUACCGGUCUGCUGAGCAACUACUUUCUGACUGCAACGAUACUGCGGCGCCUCUCACCACCAUUUGGCAAACUCAAGGCCGUAGAAGGCCGAAGAGAGGGAGAUUUCCGCGCCCUGCAUUCUCGCCUCAUCGCUAACGCCGAGGAAGUGGCUUUCUACGGUGGCGACCAGAUGGAGAAGCAUUUCUUGGAACGCGGUUUCAAAGACCUCAAACACUGGAUGGAAGGCAUUUACAGUCUCAAGAUUCGAUACAAUAUGCUUGAGGACUUUGUGCUCAAGUACUCAUGGUCCGCGUUUGGUUAUCUUGUUACCUCCCUUCCUGUCUUCUUGCCAGCAUGGGGCGGGUUAGGCAGUGCGCAGGAACUGUCGGGUGGUGAACGUCAAAACCGCGAGAGAAACCGCAUGAAAGACUUCAUCACUAACAAACGCCUUAUGCUGUCUCUCGCUGAUGCUGGAGGCCGUAUGAUGUACUCCAUCAAAGACCUCUCCGAACUAGCAGGCUACACAUCCCGUGUAUAUACCCUCAUCAGCACUCUUCAUCGCGUACACGCAGACGCAUACUAUCCUCCCAACGGCGCCCGUUCUGAACUCUUCUCAACUUCGGACAUCCAAGGUACAGUUCACAAGGGCUUCGACGGAAUCCGCCUCGAGCACGUCCCAGUCGUAGCACCCGCUCUACACCCCAUGGGCGGCGAUGAACUCAUAGAAUCUCUCUCAUUCAUCCUUCACUCCGGCGACCACCUCCUCAUCACGGGUCCCAACGGCGUCGGCAAAUCCACCGUCGCCCGCAUCGUCGCAGGCCUCUGGCCCACAUACCGCGGUCUCGUCUCCCGCCCACGUCCCAUUGGCGAGGACGGUAUCAUGUUCCUGCCCCAGCGCCCAUACCUCAGCACUGGCACGCUACGCGAUCAAGUCAUCUACCCUCACACUGAGGUCGACAUGAAGGCCAAUGGUCGAAGGGACAGCGAACUCCAAGCCAUCCUCGACGAAGCGAAGCUAGGCUACGUACCUGAUCGCGAGGGUGGCUGGGACACGAAGAAAGUAUGGAAAGAUGUUUUCAGCGGCGGCGAGAAGCAGAGAGUGGGCAUUGCGCGGUUACUGUAUCACGAACCCAAAUAUGCGUUCAUUGAUGAAGGAACCAGCGCUGUAUCGUCUGAUGUUGAGGGCUUGUUGUAUGAACGCUGCAAGGCGAAGGGUAUCACACUAAUAACAAUCUCUACCCGCGCCUCCCUCAAACGCUACCACACCUACACCCUCACGCUCGGCCAAGGCGCCCACGCCGACGAGUGGGAAUUCCAGCGCAUCGGCACCGCCCAGGAGAAAUCCUCCGUUGAAAAGGAACUCGCUGAGCUCAGGGAGCGCUUGACGAAGGUUAAAGAGUGGGAGAAACGGAAAGGCGAGAUCGAGGAGGAGUUGGGAAGGGUGUGGGUUGCGGGGGGUGAAGGAGAGAAGGAGAGCGAGGAAUUGGCUGCGCCGGAUUAUGUGAAUGAGGCCGAGGAGGAGGAAAUGGAAGAGGAAGUGGUCGGGAGUGAGGAAUCAGUAAACGACGAACAGGUGGAUGAGGAGGUUGCGAGCCAGGAUGGAGGGGCCGAUGAGCAGGAAGAUGCGAGUGUGGAUGAGGAGAAGGGCAGUGAGGGAGUGGCGUGAGAUGUGUAGUAGAGGGGAUCUG